UUCCCUUCUCUAACACACUCUCUGGAGAGAGAGAGAGAGUAGGUCACGGGGAGGACCAAAAGGGACACGUUGAAAGAUCUGGAGAUAUAACAGAUGCACAAUGGCAUGCACACUCUGUCUCUUGUCUGUCUCUGCCCCUCUCUCUCUGCGCUAAAUUUUAACCGUGGCACGCUCAGAGUCUUUGAUUCCCUCAUUGGAUAACUUUCCUUUCUGAGAUAUUUCUAAAUUCUAAUUCCUCUUGGUGUUUUUGUCUAAACCCGUCUGCCUUGAGUCCACAAAGCUCAGAUAUAUAACUGGGUUUUCCUAGGGUUUUGUGACUCUCCCUCUUUUGAGUGUGUCCCCAAAGUACAAGAAGAGCUAGCUCUCUCUGGUCAUUACGUACUCAUUCAGAUGCCGAGUCUUCCAAACAUUAGAUUCUCCCGAUGGCCUUUUGAGUUCAUUUUAGAGCUGAAUCACCCUCUGAGUGUGGGCUUUCACUACACAGUUCUCUAAUAGAGUAGGAGUUCUUUCGGCAAGAGCUUCGGUAACAAGGUUUUUGGUUCUUGCACUCUAUGAAUUCUUUCGAAUCUUUUCCUCUCGAAUUCUGAGUAAAGGCGAACCCUUUCUUAGUAACCAUUUCCGCAAAUUGGUUCUGCGAAUCUCCUUCCGAAUUCGCUCAUCUACACAAAAUUUUUCUGAAAGCUUUUGCUGUCCCAGACAAUCAAGUAUUCCCGCAAUUGGUUGAUUUUCUGGUAAGAACUUGAUUUAUAGUCCGACUGAAUUUAGUCUUCUUGACCCAUUGCACUGAUUCCUGCUCAAGUCGGUAGUCUUUUCCUUAGUUAAAAUUCCUUCUAGAAUAAUGUCUUCGUGUCUAAGCGGAGGCAGCAGAACUUAUGCACUCGAUCUUGACAUCAUCACAUCCCCAGCAACAUCGACCCGAACUUCGCAAACAUCGUCAUCACCAUGUUCAACAAUCUCCGAAUCGAGCAACUCACCGCUUGCCAUCUGCACCCGGAAGCCCCGGACACAGAGAAAGCGUCCCAACCAAACGUACAAUGAAGCUGCUGCUUUACUUUCCACAGUCUAUCCAAACAUAUUCUCCACCAAACAUCCGACAAACCAAGCGCGUGAAUCCGCGAAAUCCCAUCAAAUCCUCGCCGAUGAAUCCUCGGAACUGUUGCUUCCUUUCAGAGUCGUGGACGAUGAUUCUGGUUGUGGGUACUUGCUCCCGCAUCACCAGCCAAAGCAAGACAAGUGCUUUUCCCAAAUCGAGCUAAAAUUUGUGCCUUCCUGCGAAAAGCCCUGCCAAAGCCCAGGGGAGAACGAAAUCCAAUCCAAGGGCUCGGAUUUGGAUGUCCGCUGGGAAGGGUUCCAAGAAGAUUUCGAUGCUGAAUCCAUCUUGGACGAAGAGAUCGAGGAAGGGAUCAUCGACAGCAUCAUGGGAAAUCUCAGCGUCGACACCAAUGUGUCCCAUCGAACGUUGUACAGCGACCCGAUUUGUCGGAAUCAAGCGCCUUCAGGAUUCGGAAUCAGAGGAGGAGUGAGCGCGUGGAGAGCCGUUAGCGAAGCGAACUGGUGGAACUUCCCCACCGUCGACGUCCUCGAGAUAUCUCCGAAGCUCAACCGGAGCUCCAAUGCGGCGGGGGAGAAGAAGAAGAAGAGGAGCAAGGUCGAGAAGAACGCGGUCGAAUCCAAGGAUACGGGGGAGUCGCCGAAAGAGGACCCGGCUCCGAAGCCGACGACGGCCGGGUUGCUGUUGAAGCUGAACUACGACGAGGUGGUCGACGCCUGGUCCGGCAAGGGUUCGCCGUUCCCCGACGAGUCCGACGGCGCCGGCAAUGACGUAUCUGCGAGGUUGGCCCAGAUUGAUUUAUUCUCGGAGAGUGGAGGAGUGAGAGAAGCGAGCGUUCAGCGCUACAAGGAGAAGCGGCGUACUCGCCUCUUCUCCAAGAAGAUUAGGUACCAAGUUAGAAAAGUUAAUGCGGAUCAAAGGCCCAGAAUGAAGGGUCGAUUUGUGAGAAGACCAAGUUCGAGCACAUCCGCGUCGAAGAUGAAAGGAUGACGACCCUAUAGGCUAUACCAGUGCUUACAGAUAAAUAGAAGAUUACAAAGAUGGUUCUCAUCGGUUUCGUUUUUCUAUAUCAUUUUGUUUUUGUAGUCUCGAGAUGACCUUUUUUAUCGGGCUUUGUCAUGAUUUUUACGGGAAAAAUAAAACCUUUCCAUAGGAAACAAGCUUUUACAGA